UGCCAGGAGAAGCACACCUUCGUGCACCGUCUCGUCACGGCGAAUGACAUGGCUAGGCAGCUGGCUCGGGUGAAGGCCGAUAUACACGGGAAUGUCACCAUGUGUACCUUCGCCAUCACCGGUCAGCUGGCCAUCACUGUGGAGUACCGCACCGUUACUGCUCAUCUUCUUCAGCUGCAUCAGGACGCUGGGAAGCUGGACAUGCCAUACAACAGUCAUGCCAGAUCUGGCGUCAACAGCGAGAUAGCAAUGUCUGCGACAGGAAGCGAGGUGCCCUAUGCUCCCAUAUCGGGAAUAACAGAGCUUAUUUUUUCCAAGUUGGAGGCAACUACACAGAACAUUUCGUGGGGAAACCUCGCCAAAGGAGGAUUAAAGGUACUCAAUCUCCAAAAAUAUGCUUGUUUUUUUCAAUAAUUGGAAACCCCUAGUGGCGCCGAAGAGGUUCUUGAGCAAGUAGGGAUGGCAACGGGUCGGUGAGGUGCGGGUGGAGUAAGAUCAUGUUCACGACAAAAACCCGCAACACUUCACCACACCCGUUCUUGGGACAUUGCACCCACACCGGCAGAGCACUCAUCGGGUCUCAGGCAUCAUGGGGGCCGUAGGCACAACCAGUAGUACGUCAUCAUAACCAUAUCAAUUGUACAACAAUAACUCGGCCCUCAAACUUCCAAAUGAGCACUAAACACAACUGAGCAAGCUAAAAUUAACCAGUUUAGUAUAUACAUAGCUUAGUUCAACAGAUAAGUGGUCCAACAUUGUCACGCUAAAACUUAUAUUCUUGCAAGGAUUAACAGAUCUAGUUGCCUAUCCAUCUCGGUCAAUGGACUAACAGUAUGCCAGAUCCAUUCAAGCAUUGUUGUAGAAGACAUGUCCCUUCACGAACAGAAAGGUAGACUACUCUACUUUUGCAGUAUUUGGGCCACGUGCCCUUGCUUGCAUGCUACUAUGGGCAAGCGAACAUGAGCUGCUUGCACUAUGCAAGCUUGUACAGUCCUUAGGCCACCAAACCAAACACAACAUAAAUUGUAUGUGUUUGGUCAAGAUUCAGACUCGAAGUUUGAAAUC